GGAAGUUCUCCUCGCUUCUUCCGUGCAUAGCUUUUAAAGUGACCUCUGCGCAUAUAUCUUUGGUUUGAGAGAGAGCUGGGCUGAGGAAGGUCAACUUCCAACUCCCAGGGGAGACAGGAUAAUGCAAUGGCCCAACAAAGAGUCCUCCCUCAGAGCAAAGAGACCCUCCUUCAGUCCUACAACAAGAGACUGAAAGAUGAUAUCAAGUCAAUCAUGGAUAAUUUCACUGAGAUCAUAAAGACAGCCAAGAUUGAAGAUGAAACUCAGGUGUCUCGGGCAACUCAGGGUGAGCAGGACAAUUAUGAAAUGCAUGUGAGAGCUGCCAAUAUUGUGCGUGCCGGGGAAUCCCUGAUGAAGCUCGUAUCUGAUCUCAAGCAAUUUCUCAUCCUCAAUGACUUUCCCUCAGUGAAUGAAGCCAUCGAUCAGCGCAACCAGCAGCUUCGGGGACUGCAGGAUGAGUGUGACAAGAAGCUUAUUUCCCUUCGGGAUGAGAUUUCCAUUGAUUUGUAUGAGCUGGAGGAAGAGUAUUACUCGUCCAGCUACAGUCUUUGCGACACAAUUGAUCUGCCCCUCUGUGAAGCCUACUGGAGGCAGGACCUCACUUCAUUCUCCCCUGAUGGCCUCCCUGCACCUCUGCUAGUGUCUCCUGCAGAGCCUGGCACAGUCCCUCUGCAGGGGACCACACCAGUGCUCCCUCACGUCAACGGGCCUGGCCCUGGUCCCACGGAGCAUGCCUGACCAGGAUCCAGUCCUGAUGCUGUCAAAGGUGCUUGCCGCUGACUCCAGCUACCACAGCCAACAGCUGCCCUUUUUGGGCACAGGGUGCCACUUGGAGAGCAACACGUUAGUAUUUCAGUCUGAGUCUUCCCUCUCCUUGUUCCCUCUCUUCUUCAGCCUCAGGGAUAGAUUCCAGGUGCCCAGACUAUCUGCUAAAUUACCCCUCCUUUUCUUGGGCCUAACCUUUCUUGGGUAAAAAUCACCUUGUUCCUGAAAUUAGAGUUAAACCAUAGGCAUUUUGGGAGAGGGUUAGGGAAUUUGUUAGCCUGCACAUAGAAUUAGGCAGAGCACUAAUUAUUUUCUAAUAAUUUCCCAACAUUUUGAGUUGGGAAAACUAGGCUGCAUCCUCAGCUGUUCAGGAGACUGUUAUUCAUGAAGUCUUCCUCUUCCUCCACUCUAGCUGAUUUGAGAACAGUAGAGUUUAUGAGGAAAAUAGCUCUGGAUUUCAUCCUACACUCAGAAGUGUGUGUGUGUGUGUGUGUGUGAGAGAGAGAGAGUGUGAGAGUGAGUGUGUGUGUGUAUGUGUGUGUGUAAAGGAUGGGGAACUAUGAAUACUUGGAUCUGUAAGUAGAUAUAGAAAAAACGUGGCAUUAACUUAAGCAGCACACAUAAAAGCCACAUCUAAAACUGACUUUUGUGGGGCAGAUUUAGCUACUGUAAACGAGCAAAACCAGCUUCAUCUCACAAGAUAAAUACCUGACAUAGUCACUUUUUCCAUAGGAAGUUCUAUUUUAAAGGUGACUCUUGAAAUGUUGCUGUUGCCUGGAUCUCAGGUGAACAGGGGGAUGGAUUACACUGUCAUGUACCAUUCAUUUCCUACAGUGAUUCUUUAUUUUUGUAAGUAGAAUGUUGAAUAAAUAAAUCAUGGACCCUU